AAUUUAAUUAUUAGGAAUAACAAUAAAUGAAAUCUUAUUCUUAAGAAAAUUCAUCUAUAUUAGUUCUUUUUUGUAGUACUGUUCAUUAUUGCCAUUCUCUUUUUAACUGCAAUGUUCCCAUGAUCUCACUCUGCAGUUAAUGACAAAUAUAUCAUCCAUGAUUGAUCAGAAGGAUGAAGAAAGAAAUAUGGGAAUAAUUAACCCUAAAGAUAUUAAAAUGAACAGUCAAAGGUAUUACAGAUACAUGGGAUCACUUACUGUUCCUCCAUGUACCGAAGGUGUUAUCUGGACUUUAAACACUAAGGUGAAGACUGUUUCAAAAGAUCAAGUUAAGUUGCUUAGAGAAGCCGUCCACGACUAUGCAGAAGAAAAUGCAAGACCAUUGCAACCACAUAACAGUCGAGAUGUUUACCUUUAUGGUCCAGGAGAUAAAAGUGAUUGAUCAUUGAUCACUAACAUUUUAUUAAUUUUGAUCCUCAUCACCAGCCAACACUAUUGUACUAAAUCGUUUUUUCAUUAGUUUUUAGUACAUUAUAGCCAAUUAUUGAAAUAAAAAAAAAUGU